UUCAAAGUCUCUCUCUCUCUCUCAUGACUACUAAAAUACAAGUAGUUAUUUUAAAACUUGGUGAUAUGCCCGGUGCUAGGGUUUUUUUGUCUCCAUUUCCACUGUAAGCCCAUCCCUCUAUUUAACUCUCUCUUCACCACCAUUUCAUUCCACAUCACCAAUAUAUCAUGGCUACUGAGCUCAAAAAAUUAUCUCAAUCUCAAAAGCAUCACCAUCAAACCCUAAACCCUAACUCCGCCACCGGCUCCUGGAUGUGGAACCCUAAGCAACAAGCAGCCCAAGAGGACGACGAUUCUUGGGAAGUGAGAGCCUUUGAAGAAGACUCUAAUGAUGCCAUGGGCACCACGUGGCCGCCGCGGUCCUACACUUGCUCUUUUUGUAGGAGGGAGUUCCGGUCCGCCCAAGCCCUAGGCGGCCACAUGAACGUGCACCGCCGUGACCGGGCUCGCCUCCACCAAACGCCACCGAACCCCACCUCCCCCUCCCCCACCCUCAUAAUCCCAACUCGGGAAUUCGUUGCUAAUGGCGGCGGAUUAUGCCUUCUCUACUCAUUGCCAAACCCUAAUGGUGUUUUCACUCCUACGAAGAUGAAUGCUUGUAUGGACUCCUCAUCACCCUCUACUCUUCUUUCCAUUUCACCAUAUCAAUCAACGAUCAAUUCCUCUAUCUGUCACUCUACUACCAACACUGAACCUUCACUGUCAUUCGAUAACGAUAACAAUCGAAACAACAAUAGCUCAGUCAUUGAAGAAGUUCUUGAUCUAGAGCUCCGACUAGGGCGCAGUUUGUCGCCGUCAUGAUGGAAAGAGAUUAAUUAACGUGUGUGAGUGAUUUAUCUGUACUCAACUUCCUGUUUGCUAAAGAGUGCCACGAACUGUGGAAUAUACAGCUUGGUUUCGUAGACUUGUGUGAGUCUUUUUUUUCUUUUUUGAAACUUGGUUUGAUUAUUUCAUUGGCGUGAUUGAAGCUUGAAUGGCCUAAAAAUAGAGGGUCGGGAAAAGCAUCUUGUAAAUUUGAAGAAAAAGAAGGAUUAAAGUUUAAAAAAGAACAAUGAAAAAGAGAUUAGGGUUUGAGUGA